UACAUCUGUGCAGUGUGUAUGGAGACAGUGACAUACAUGAAGCAUUACUGUUCGAGUCUGGAGAUCACAACUUCUGCAUCUUUUCUCUCAUGUUUUCUUCGGACAACAAGGAGAUUCUUGGAGGGGCAGUUAAUGGAUACCUGUAUGUUUAUGACAGAGAAGCAAACAAGAGGACUUUAAAGAUUAAUGCACAUGAUGAUGAUGUGAAUACUGUGAGGUUUGCAGAUGAGAGCUCUCAGAUUUUGUACAGUGGAGGAGAUGAUGGUUUGUGUAAAGUUUGGGACAGACGAACUCUCAGAGAGCAGAAACCUGUGCCAGUUGGAACAUUAUCUGGCCAUGUUGAUGGGAUCACUUACAUCGACUCAAAGGGUGAUGCCCGUUUUUUCAUUUCCAACUCUAAGGACCAGAGUAUAAAACUGUGGGAUAUUCGAUAUUUCUCUGAUCAGAAAGGAAUUACAGAAACCAAGAAAGCAGUGGCUAAUCAGAACUGGGACUACCGGCUGCAGCAAGUACCAAGAAAAAUGAGCAGACCACUGAGCUUGAAAAGUGACUCUUCUGUGAUGACCUAUAGGGGUCACUGUGUUCUAAAAACUCUCAUCAGAUGCAAGUUCUCACCAGAAGCCAACACUGGCCAGAGAUACAUCUACACUGGUUGUGCUUCUGGAAAUGUUGUUGUUUAUGAUGUUCUGACUGGUGCCGUGGAAAGCAGGUUGAAAGGUCACACUGCCUGUGUACGUGAUGUGUCCUGGCACCCGUACAAGAACAUCAUUAUAAGCACCUCG